AUGAACUCGUCGUUUGUGAGCGGAUGUCAAUUAAUGGACUUGCAGAGUCGCCAAUUUGUUGUCUACGAGGAAGUUUUGGUGAGUGAUCAGGGACCACUCGAGUAGAGGAGACCCAUAGGAUUGCAGAAAAACUUCGAAAAUAAAUUUUGCGAGAAGCACGAGCCGACACUAAAAACGAUUGCUGGAUACGCUCGUUCUGCGUUCAAAAUGCUGCAGCUGGAGUGGGCUGUGGUGAGUCUUUGGCCCUGGAGCGCUAAUAGUCUUACUUUUCAGAGAGAACACCAAGAGCACCGUGAACUUUGCAGUUUGGCCGAGCAGUUGAACGUAGAUUAUAGAGACGUCGCCAAAUUUAAGAACAACUUUCUUUAUCACGUACGUUUUCCCUGGAGCAUGUCAGAAAUUAAUAAACAUGCCAGUUUCAGCGGUUCUCACUGGUACUAGAGUCGUAG